AUGGGGCUCAAAUUCUUCAGUCUCGGCAAGAAGAAGAUAACCGCUACCCUUACUUCCUCCUCCACAACCACAACCACUACAAACGACAAAGCACCAGCAAGAAACUCGCCCAGAGCCCUCCAAGAGCCAGCCAUCCUCAACCGGAUCUUUGAUCACAUCCAAGACGACUCCGAGACACUGCACCAAUCCGUCAUCCUCGUUUGCCGUCAAUGGUACUAUCUCAACCAGUCCCGCAUCCGUCGUGAGCUCGUCUGGGUCGACGAUGCCAAGAACAACUCCUCCAAAUCCUUUGAUAAGCUCGUCACCAGACUGCCCCAGGCCACCAUGCUCAAGUGGCACUCGAGCGAUCCUCAGCUCAAGAACAAAUACACCCUCAAGCUCAUCCAGGCUCUUGAAGGGAACCAGGAUCGCUACCAGCAAAGUCGCAACCCUACUGCUGCCCCUGUUGCGAGUAGCAAAAAGUCGAAGACACCGUUGAAGAAUGAUAGACACCUCAGCCACCUUGAGUUGACAUACUCGGGUCUCCUCUUCCUCAAAGCCCUUCCUCUCCUCCAGUCCCUGACAAGUCUUCGACUCCUGAUUGUCGGAUCUGAUACCAUUCGUCUGGUCGCUGUCCUUGCCGCUUGCCCCAACCUUCUAUCGCUCCAGCUGGAAUCAACUACAGGAACUAUCCAGCUCCCAUCCCCUUGGGUAUCGCCCCCUUCUAAUACAGCACUUCUACCCCUACAGUCCCUCAUCCUCGAGAACGUCAUCUUCUCCCAGUCCGAACUUGAGAGCCUCCUCAAGUCCACCCCCCACCUUAAAGUUCUCCAGCUCCGCAACCUUCGUGACAGCGCAAACGCCUCUGCAUCCUUGUACAGCUGGCAUGGACUCGUUGCACAACUCCGCACCCUUCAAAUCUCUCUCCGCUCGGUCCAUUUCUCCAUCUAUGGUCAGCCCAUGGAAGACGAACGCGAGAAGGUCCUCGUCGUCGCCCCUCGUUCAAGCGAAUGGGCCUUCAGAUCCUUUGAUCUCACACCCACCGUCUCGUACUACCUCCGCGAGAUCCCCAACUUUGUCACCACCCUCGAACUCAUCGCCUCUGGACGCCUGGACCCCGGACACGGUCUUGAGCUCCAUCAGUUCCUCUGCUCCUCCCCCCACCUCCUCCACCUCAAGGCCACCCAGUCUGUCUGCCUCAUCGAGAGAAUGGAUAUCCACCGCCGCUGGUCUCCCUCAUCACGCGCAGGAGUUAACGUCGACCGCACCGCAGGCAUCUGGGCCUGCCGUAACUUGAAGACCCUCCACAUCCGGGUCCACAACCUCGGCAGCCCAGUCAUCCAAGACUCACCCGUCCGUUCCCGCAUUCUCUACGGCUACAUCUCACGUGUACUCCCUAUGCUCCAAGACCUGUAUCUCUACGAACUCGAGAACGAGCCUGGUCUGUCACUCGAUCUCUUUGGUGGUAUGUGCUUCUUCGCCCGCCUCCAACAUCUCGAAUCAUUCCGCCUGGGCACAGGCAAGAACGACCAGAUGGUUCGCCCCGGUGACAUCAGCUGGAUGGUAGCAUCGGGCAGAACCAAACUCUCCAAAUCCGAGCGCGGAGAGUGUGUCCUUACCUGGCAGCAACUCCUCAUGAGCGACAAUGCUCAGGAGACCAAACGUGUCGCAUCCUUGAACGGCCGUGACUACGUCGGCGAACUUUAUGGCUCUUCAUCUGUCAAAACCCACAUUGAACCUCAAUUGAUCGCCUCUCUUUCUCAGCUGGGACUCUUGCUGGAUGUCAAGGCAUGGGUGGACCAAAUGAACUCCAAGCAGGGAUACAUCUGCUGGCCCAAGCUCAAGUUCUUGACCGUGUACCAGCCUUUGACUUCAACGUUUACCCUCGCUAAGGGAUACACUCGUGUCGGCAAAGUAGCCGCUUCGGACCUCGAUUCCAGAAUCAACGACGAUAUCGGCGCCAUGAUGCGAUAA